GGCCGGAGGGGACAGGAAUGAAUGUUGAUUUCAAAGAUGGCGGCGGAGGGAGGAGGGAAGGAGAUGAACGAGAUCAAAACUCAGUUCACCACUCGGGAAGGCGUCUACAAACUCCUCACGCACUCCGAAUACAGCCGCCCCAACCGGGUGCCUUUCAACUCGCAGGGAUCCAACCCCGUCAAGGUCUCCUUCGUCAACGUGAACGACCAGUCCGGCAACGGCGACCGGAUUUGCUUCAAUGUGGGCCGCGAGCUCUACUUCUACAUCUACAAAGGCGUCAGGAAGGCUGCAGACUUGAGUAAGCCUAUAGACAAGCGCAUCUACAAAGGAACACAGCCCACGUGUCAUGACUUUAACCACCUAACAGCUACCGCCGAGAGCGUGUCUCUGCUCGUGGGCUUCUCUGCAGGACAGGUCCAGCUCAUCGACCCCAUCAAGAAGGAGACCAGCAAGCUCUUCAAUGAGGAGAGGCUCAUAGACAAGUCCAGGGUGACGUGUGUCAAGUGGGUGCCGGGCUCUGAGAGCCUGUUCCUGGUGUCCCAUUCCAGUGGAAAUAUGUACCUGUACAACGUGGAGCACACGUGUGGCACGACAGCCCCUCACUACCAGCUCCUGAAGCAGGGGGACAACUACUCUGUGCACACGUGUAAGAGCAAGUCCACCCGCAACCCCCUCCUCAAAUGGACUGUGGGGGAGGGGGCUCUCAACGAGUUCUCCUUCUCUCCGGAUGGGAAGUUUCUGGCCUGUGUAAGCCAGGAUGGCUUCCUCCGAGUCUUUAACUUUGAUGCGGUGGAGCUGCAUGGCACCAUGAAAAGCUACUUCGGGGGCUUGCUGUGCGUGUGCUGGAGCCCUGACGGGAAAUACAUCGUGGCGGGUGGAGAGGACGACCUUGUGACUGUGUGGUCAUUCAUGGACUGCAGGGUGAUCGCCCGCGGGCAUGGACACAAGUCUUGGGUGAGUGUGGUGGCCUUUGACCACUACACCACCAGUGUGGAGGAGAGUGAGCCCAUGGAGUUCAGCGGCAGUGAUGAAGACUUCCAGGAUCAGAUGAUCCACCUGGGCCGGGAGCGAGCCAACAGCACGCAGUCGCGCCUCUCCAAACGCAACUCCACGGACAGUCGGCCCGUCAGCGUCACCUACCGCUUUGGCUCGGUGGGACAGGACACUCAGCUGUGCCUCUGGGACCUGACCGAGGACAUCCUUUUCCCCCACCUGCCCCUCUCACGGACACGGACUCACACUAAUGUGAUGAAUGCCAGCAGCCCUCCAGGGGGUGCUCCUGUCAUCACCACUACAACCACCACCAAUGGAAACAACAGCGGUGCUAACACGCCCGCGCUCAAUUCUGUGUCCAGCUCACUCCCGCGCUCCAACAGCCUGCCGCACUCCGCCGCUAACACUGCUACGGCUAACAGCACCAACAAGCCCAGCGCGGGCACGGGCACAGGCAUCAUGGACAGUGCCAUUGCCACCGGGGUCAGUAAGUUUGCCACGCUGUCUCUGCACGACCGCAAGGAACGCCACGAUAAGGACCACAAACGCAACCACAGCAUGGGGCACAUCAGCAGCAAGAGCAGCGACAAGCUCAACCUGCUGACCAAGAGCAAAACAGACCCAGCCAAGACUCUGGGCACACUGCUGUGUCCGCGCAUGGAGGAUGUGCCUCUGCUCGAGCCCCUCAUCUGUAAAAAGAUAGCACACGAGAGACUCACCGUACUCAUAUUUUUAGAGGACUGUUUAGUGACUGCAUGUCAGGAGGGAUUUAUUUGCACAUGGGCCAGGCCAGGCAAAGUGGGUUUAUUGUCAUCCCAAAACCAGGCCAGCUCCCCCAGCGGAACAGUAGUAUAGCCACAACCAAUAAUUGUGCUGCUAGCGACAAGCCUGCGACGUCCGAUGCUGCUCGCUCGCCACCGUCCGCAGUGCAAGUUUUUCUGUUCACCCUUCUUCUCCUCCUCCUCCUUCUCCUCUUCCUCCUCCCUUUUUUCUUUCUUUCGUUCCUUUUGUCCUUUUUUGUCGUUUCUUUCCCGCUCUGAUCUAGAGGAAGCAACACGACUGUGAGCGGUUGUCCUCUGGAGUUUUAACACUUUUUAACAGUUUUAAAACUAAAGACCUACCCAACUGUUUUUUGUUUUGUUUUUGGAAUUAUGGCUUAUCAGACGCAAACUGUGACUUGAGAUUAUUAUUAUGAGUUGGUGAUUCUCGAAAUGUUAAGUGAAGUCAGUGGUGAAGUUGUAGGUACCACAUUGGCGAAGGUGAAGUUGAUAUAUUUGGCACCUGCGCUAAGGCGUGACCUCAUCACAAAAUGGUGGGCACUUGUAAUUUAUUACAUAAACAAUCAAACAAAUUAGUGAAUCGAGGCAGUGCUCUGGGUUCAAAUCAAGCCAAAUCAUCAAAGUCCCUUUACCAACUCUUUAAAAAAUGAUAUACACUACACUACUAGUCAAACGUUUGGACACACCUCAUUUAAUAUUUAUUUUUUAUGACUUCUGUAUUGUAGACAUCAGAUAUAUGAAGCAAGAUGUAUGGAAUGAUGUAGCAAAAGAAAAAAAAACUUGUUUUUUUUUUGUCAUUUUGAUUCAAAUGCUCAAAGUAGCCGCCCUUUGCUUGUUGACAACACUGUAAACCCUUGACCUUCUCAAUGAGCUUCAUGAUGAAGUUUCCUGAAAUGGUUUUCACUUCAUAGGUGUGCCUUGUUUGGGUUCAUUGAUGGAAUGCCAAGAUUCCAAGUUGUGAUCAAAGCGAAGGGUAAAGAAUUUAAAAUAUAAAACAUGUUUUGAGUUAUUUCACACUUUUUUGUUUACUACCUUCCAUAUAUGUUCGUUCAUAUUGCUGAUGCUUUCAUUGAGAAUCUACUAGAGUUAAAAUUUCAAAGUGCAUUUCGAUAUUCCAUAUUCAAUAUUGCCAAUUUCGAUACCAAAAUGAUAAAAAACUUGGACAACAGAAUGUAAUUUUCAGCACAAAAUACCUGUGCUUCUUUCAAUUACCAUACUGGUACUGGUACUGGUGUUGAUAACGUUCAAGCUCACUCUAAAACUAGACAUGUUUUGGGGAUUUUUUUUCAAUAUCGAUACUUGUUAAAUUAACUAUUCUCAACACUCCUUUUAGUAUCAAUUAGUAUCUGAUUUUCAAUACUUUUGAAAACCCUAGAAUCUACAGUGUAAAUAGUCAUAAAACAUGAAAUGAAAAAGUGUGUCCAAACGUUUGCCUGGUACUGUAUAUUUCCCAUGGUUAUCCCCGUGCUCAGUGUGUUACCUACAGCGCCUCCUGGUGGCUCUGCUGAGAGCCCACGCCUGGCUGUUUCCCUUCUCCUUUGCACUGACUUCCUCAUGUUUUCUAACUACUCUAAUAGAACAAAGAGGGUGAGGACUGCCGCGUUGCACCCGGCUCUAUCCUCCCUUCUGGAAUUCUGAAUCUUGGAAAGCUGGAUGCUGCAAUGCUAGUCUUUUGAAAAGAUGUUUGCACUUAAAUGAGUUUAUUAGAGAAAAGGCUUUACGUGUUUGGGUGUGUCACAACUCACAGACUGCUAAUAACAGUAGGCAAAGAUUAAAACCUUUAUCUAUUGAGCAUUUAUUUUAAUAUGAUUUCAGAUUCAAAUCUGCUCUGUAUCAUAAUGUGUAUAAUGUAAUUAAUUGAUUUGAUGGGGGCCUAAGCAAACUACCAUUACUCCAGUGGAAGUUUUGUCAUUGAUAGUUAUAUUUCUAAAGCCUAAAGUAUACAUAUUAAUAAUAUUAAAAUAAUCUUGAAUACA